AUGCCUUGCUGUUGCUGCUUACCAACUUGCGGUGGAGGGACGUGUCCGCUUGUGAGCGACGGCGCGGUGGCGACGAGGCCACGAGCCAGCGCAGCCAGGCGGCCGGCUCCCUGGUCCCUGCUGCUCCGCGCGGUCGGCCGCCCCCACCCGCUGCUGCUCUGCUUCUGUGCCUCUGCCUCGGCGGCCAGCCUGCCACUGCGCAACCACACCGCCGCCGCCGCCGCCGCCGCCUACGCUCCGCGCCGUGCCUCGCUGGUCGCUCCCCAAGCUACGCCUGUGCCGCUCUUAGCAUAUUGGGCCAACACGGAGAGAAACGUUGCAUUCCUGGAUGGCUUCGGGCGACCCGGGAGGCGGCACCUCGCCGCACCCCCCGCUCUUGCCUCCGGCGCCCUCUCCGCCCCCCCACCACCGCACCCACCCCCACCCGCUACACCUCCCCCACCGCCCUCCACCCCCUCCGCCGAAGACCCCCUGCCGCCGCCGGCCGCUCGUCGUCCUGCGCCUGCUGCCGUCGUCCAGCUGCGACAACUCGUCGUCGUCCCGCCGUCGCCGUCCCGCUUCGAACUCCAAUCCCGCCUGCUCCAAGAUCAUUAUGCAACAGCCCUCCCCAACAUCCUCGCCCCAUCGUCGUCUCCGGCGUUCGUCUGGAACGUUGCCAAUGUCCUUGCCGUUCGUGGUUCGGUCUGCAUUGGCUCUGUUCGGUUGUUCUUUCACCACUCCAUGGCGGCUGCCGAGCUCGCCGUGGAGCGCCUGCCCAGUAUUCAAUGCCCUGAGCCUGCUCCCAACGCCCGUUUGUACUCCGGCGUUAAUUCGGUUGACCCUCGCGAGGUGGCCCCAGGGAAGGUCGAACCUGCGCUGCCGUUGGAUACCCGUAUUGUCCGCCUCGGGAAGGUGUCCCCGGAUCUCCUAACUGUUCCCGCGCUGCCUUACACUGUUCGAGCUACUGGAUAUUCGGCUCCCUGCCUGCCUCCUCCUGUGGUUAAGGCGUCGGGUCUUGUCGCCGCGGAUGCGGCAGGAGGGAAAUUUACUCCCUAG